GCGCCGAGGCCCGCUGCUGGAUCCCGCUCAGGCCGCGGCUAGAGUAGCCGAGCAAAAGCAAGAUGAGCUUCCUGUAUGGAUUGCAGUCUUCCACGAGAAACCGGUUUCUCUCUGGAGUGAAUUCCCUGGCCAACUGGAGACAGUGGAAACCACUAGCAGGCUGUCCACAAGCACGAAGACCUUGGGUAGUAAAUGCGAGUCGGGGACUUAACACAGUCAGUCAGCGUCACUCGCUGACUUUACAGCCUGGAAACUUCCAUUUUUGUAGGACCUCCAGUAACAAAAAAUCAAGAUACUUCUCAAAUGGCCAAAGCCAGGAAACAGGGGUGCUUAUCGACAAACGUACUGUUCUCACGUACUGUUCUCUCGGAGUGAGAGAAGGGGUUGGCGGUCCUGCUCCUGCAGCCUUGUGUUCUCUGAGCUGCCCUGCAGCAAGAGCCGCCCGGAGUUUCCACACGUCUCCACGGGCUCUGGCCGCCCCAGUCCCUCUCUUGCUGCUUAUUCUGAAACCAGUGCAGAAGCUCCUUGCCAUCAUUGUGGGCAGGGGUAUAAGGAAAUGGUGGCAAGCACUUCCUCCCAACAAGAAGGAGCUAUUUAAAGACAGCGUGAAGAAGAAUAAAUGGAAGUUGCUCCUUGGCCUGAGUGCCUCCGGACUGUUGUUUGUGGUGUUCUAUUUCACUCACCUGGAAGUGAGCCCUGUCACAGGAAGGAGCAAACUGCUGUUGCUGGGGAAGGAGCACUUCAGACUUCUCUCAGACCUGGAGUACCAAGUGUGGAUGGAAGAAUUUAAAGACGCUAUGCUGCCCGAGAGAGACCCCCGCUACCUGACUGUUAAAGAAGUGGUGUAUCAUCUGACUCAGUGCAAUCAGGAUGUCCCAGGGAUCUCUGAGAUCAACUGGGUGAUUCAUGUGGUUGAUUCCCCAGAUGUGAAUGCCUUUGUCCUUCCUAAUGGGCAAGUGUUUGUUUUCACUGGGCUUUUGAACAGUGUAACCGAUACUCACCAGCUCUCCUUCCUUCUGGGCCAUGAGAUUGCACAUGCAGUCCUGGGGCACGCAGCAGAAAAGGCUAGCUUGGUUCACUUACUGGAUUUCCUUGGUAUGAUUUUUCUCACAAUGAUUUGGGCUGUCUGUCCACGAGACAGCUUGGCACUUCUGGGCCAAUGGAUACAAUCGAAGCUGCAGGAGUAUGUGUUUGAUAGACCGUACAGUAGAACACUGGAGGCCGAAGCCGACAAGAUUGGACUGCAGCUCGCUGCAAAGGCGUGUGUGGACGUAAGAGCCAGCUCAGUAUUUUGGCAGCAGAUGGAGUUUUCGGAGCGUCUUCAUGGUUACCCAAAGUUGCCAGAGUGGCUGUCAACACACCCUUCUCAUGGGAACCGAGCUGAGCACUUGGACAGACUUAUACCACAGGCUCUCAAACUUCGGGAGGUCUGUAAUUGCCCACCCCUCUCUGGACCAGACCCUCGGCUGCUGUUCCAGCUUACCAUGAAGCAUUUUCUUGAAGACUCAGAAAAAGAGGACCUCAACAUCACUGUUAAGAAACAGAAACCGGCUGCUCCCCCCAUUCAGAAGCAGGAGCAGAUACCACUGACGUACAUGGUUGAGAAAUGAACGACAAGCUGAAUUAAAAUGUAUGAGACUUGGGGUGUGAAGAAGACAGCAACCCUCAUCAUUUUCGUGCCACUCUUAGAAAUGAUGUUCUCAGCGAACAAGAAAUGGAUAUUCAUGGUCAAGCCAUGGAUAUUACAGAUAUCGGAAUUUUUCUAGAUUUGUAUCUUUCAUGAAGUAUCAAUGUAUUUUAAUCUAUUUUAAAAUACUUACAAUGAGGAAAAUGUCACAGAAUAAAUUUAUAUUAUGCAUCUUACUGUCAUCCAUAUCUGCUUUAGAUUUAGAAGUCGGGCUCCUAGUGGAUGCAUACUCUGAGUGUAGUAAUUAUUUUAAAAUCUUCCUGCUCAGGCUGUGGCAGGUUUUGGAGUCUGGGUGGUUAUGUAAUGGGUAACUGGUAGUCUGAAGUGAUGGACUACACUGGGUGUUGGGGUGUGUGGAGAAGGGAGUAACUCCCAAAGGAAAUACCUCCAGAUGGAUGUUAGAUGCCAUUCUGUUCAGAGGCACAGGAAGGGCUGUUUGAGGUUCAGGUGACCUAGUAAGCAGUGUAGUAGGGGGAAAAGAGGUCUUCAUGCUGUGAUGAUGUGGGGAUUUGGAGGUUCCCAAAGGACACUACUGUCUUCUCCCUGAGGUCAGUAUCUAGAGAGGCAGGAGUGAGCGUUGCCUUCAUUCUUCUUGCUGGCUGAUGGCCAGGUGCUGUGGAAAGACAUGGGAGCAGGUGCUCCAGGAGCAUCCCUGGUGAAGCCAGAGGUUGGUGAUCAUGCUGUGUGGGAAUGGAAGUAGAUUUUAAAACAUGAGUUAUCUAGCAGUUUUAUUUAUGCUGCAAGGUUGGUAGCCUUAGGCUUUCUUUUAAAGGAAUGGUUUUCUUGAAACACAUUGUCUUAGUGAGGGUUUCUGUUGCUGUGAAGAGACACCAUGACUACAGCAACUCUUUUAAAGAAAAACAU